AUGCAGUCCUUCGCUGCUUCCACCCAGCGCCUCCCAACCCCCGUUUGCUCCUUCCCUCCGUUCCAAAUUCCUCUCGCACAUCUCGACCUUCCCUUUUCUGUUUUCCCCUUCGCGACUGCCCUGUUUCUCCUUCCUGGUAUCGAUUCGCUUCUUCCUUUCCUUUUGGUUUCCUCCUCUCUUUUGUUUCUCUUCUUUUUCCUCACCGUGCCGACACUUGCUUUGAUUGACGACGUCGCCUUUCCUCCCCCUAUUAAUGUGUUCGCCUUCGUUCGCCCGCGCGGUUCUGUUCGCAAUCGACCGAUCCGCUUAGAGAUCGAGUUGUGGGCGUGGCCCCAAUCCAACGCAGCAGAGGCUCAGGCGAGGCCACCGGCAUCGCGAAUGAGCUGA